UAAUAAUUUUAGUGAUAGUCUAUGGUUUAUUACUUGUUUGCAAAACUGCAACUUUGCAAUUUCACUGAAAAAUAGUUUACUUUAAGUUAUUUACAAUUGUUUCAAGGACAUGGAAGACGAAUUAGAAGACAGGGUUUUACACCAGACUUACUUGUCGUGUAUGAAAAUUUUAUCUCGCUUUACAAGCAGUGUUGCGUUUGACACUCCAUUGAGCUAUUUAUGGAAGAUGGUGAGACUUUAUUUGCUGAGAUCAGAAGUGGUUGUGUUUACUUUAGCGAUCAUUAUAUUCUUCAUGUAUCUUCAAACGCUUGGGCUAUGGAGCCGGACACUGUUGAGCAGGCUAUCACAGGCUAUGAGCCCGCUGAAUGCCGUGCAGCGGAUGAAGUUAAUGGAAGGCUCCGAAGCCGACAAACAAAGCUGGGAGCUUAAAGGUACUCUAAGUGCGGCUUAUGCAAUCAAGGGCAGGAGAAUGCACAUGGAAGACAAAUUUAUAAUUAAUGAAAAUAUAAAUAGCACCGGAAUAUCUUUGUUUGCUAUAUUUGACGGCCACGGCGGAGAUUUCGCCGCCAACUACGCUAAAGAACACCUCAUACAAAAUUUGUACAACAAAGUUGUCGAAAUAUGUGCUUUCAAAGAUGGCAAGAUUGUUGUUACGCCUCAAAAAGACAGUCCAGAGGAACCAAAAGAGGGAAACCAUAUUGAUCUAGAAAGAAAAACUAGCUUUAAAAAGUCUGCUAGUACUGCUGAUGACACAUCAAAAAAAGAGAUAACUGAUCCAAUUCUUUUGGCUCAGCUGUCCAAAGCAAGACCAAUUAUAACAAGAGAAGUUAAGCCAUCUAAAGCAGUAAAAAAUAUUGCUGUCCCAUUAUCAAGUUAUGUAGACAAAGGAAAAAUAAAUUAUGGUAAAUUAUUGACAGAUGAGGUUUUAGCUGCUGACAGGUUGCUGGUAGAAGCUGCUAAACGCUCUAUGAAUGUAGCAGGAACAACUGCUUUAAUAGCUAUACUAGAAAACAACCACCUUAUUGUAGCAAAUGUAGGAGAUUCAAGGGGUGUAAUGUGCGAUAGCCGUGGUAAUGCAAUACCUGUAUCAUUUGACCACAAACCUCAACAGGUACGUGAACAAAAAAGGAUUGAGGCUGCUGGAGGUUAUAUUGCAUUUAAUGGAGUAUGGAGAGUUGCUGGCAUCCUAGCAACCUCAAGAGCAAUGGGCGACUAUCCACUAAAAGACAAAAACUUUGUUAUAGCAGAUCCAGACAUACUCACAUUUAAUUUAAAUGAUCACAAACCAAUGUUUGUAGUACUAGCAUCAGAUGGUUUAUGGGAUACUUUCACAAAUGAGGAAGCAGUUAAAUUUAUUAAAGAAAGAUUAGAUGAACCAGACUAUGGAGCUAAAAGCCUAACCCUUCAAGCCUAUUAUCGAGGGUCAGUUGACAAUAUCACAGUACUAGUCCUAAAAUUUCCAAAUAGUAACUGGUCAACAGCAACUCAGUGAAAACUUCACAGUUAUUAAAAUUCUAACCUGUAAAAGGAAAUUAAUAUUAACAUCUGUUUUUGAUUAUGUAAUUUAUUAACACAAUCUAGAUUUUAAGGGCUGUUUUUUUACUACAAAACAAAUGUGCUAAAUAUGUUUUGUAAAAAUUUACCAUUUUAAAAUAUCAAUGUUUGAUAAAUUUCUAAAUUAAAUAUUAUAUAAGUUAGACAGUUUAAACUAUUUGUUAACAUUAAGUGGUACUUACAUUUUUGUAAAUAAACUAACAGAUGUUGUGUCUGAAACUUUUUUAAUAUUUGUACAUUAUUUGAAUAGAUUUGUUUGCAAACAUUCAUGUUGCUUGCUUAACUUAUGAUUCAGUUUAAAUGUAGAGAAAUGAUUCAAGUACUUGUGUUCAGCGCACACUCAAAUACGAUUUUUUCUCUUACAAGGGUCAUUUGAAAUCCAUAAGAAUGUAAUGUCACUUUUUUUCAGAUUCAAUUAUUUGUAACUUCAGUUUAAAUUUAGAGUCAUUAAACAAAGGCCAAGGUGUUUUUUAGUGAAACUAAAUGUUGUUGAGUCAAUGCAAGUGAGUUUAAAAGGAGUAUAUUUCUGGAAGUUAAUGGUAAACUUAAUAAAGUAAAUGGCUUUACACAGCAUAGUUCCUUUAUCUUCUAGAAAUACUAAUAAAUACGAACUAAUACUUUAUCAAACACUAAGGUUCUGCAUUUUAUGCCCAAGCUUUAUUUAGCAAUAGUAGGUACAAGAUGUUUUUUUACCUCUGGUGCUAGUCAAUACAAUUCUUCUCUAUUACGAGCAUAAUAUGUGUUAAACUAAUUUUUAGUGGAGCUAUAGUUAUUUUAUUUUUACCUGUUGUAUGAUGUUGAACGUUUUGAUACUUUUUAGUGUAGUUUGACUUUAAAAUUAAUAAAAAAGUUGUAGCCUUUUAACAUAUUUUCGUACUAAAGAGUAAGAAAAUAAUAACUUAAAUUAUUGAUGUAUAAUGUGAUGUGAUUGGGUAAACCAUUUUGUUGUGAUAGUAUUAAGUCUCAUUAAAUAAAAAUUGUAUGAUGAUAAAAUAUUUUUAUAUUUCAAUCUAAAGUUGCCUAAAUUUGAUUUAUGCCUAUAGAUCCACAUGUAAAAAUUGAUUAGUAGGUAUACUUUUUGGUGUUGAUGAGUCCUAUCAUUUACCAUAUUCUGUUUUAUUAAAUGCACAAUUCUUGUAAAAUAUUGAUGUAUGUUUUAAAUAAUGUUCUCAAAUUGGGGCCAAAGCAUUAUAUUUAACAUUUAUUUAACUCUAUAUAAAUGGAACUUAUAUUCCCCUUUCCAAUAUACACUUCUCUAAUGAAUGUAUUCUAAAUUUUAAUAGUAAAAUUUAAAAUGAAAUAUAUUUUUAAUUUUUUUUUAUCUGUCAUCAUAAAUAUUGAGAUUGUAAUACGUAUUUUGAAAUAUGUAGAUUAAGAUUACUAUAGGCUAUCAAUGUAGACACCGCUUUUUAGCAUAUUAGUCCGCCUCAAUAUGUUGGUUUUGAAUUUUGUUGUUUAUAACAUAGGUAUAUUUUGUGUUGCAAUAAUUAUUUAACAUUAACUUCGUUAGCCUAGCACUCAUGAAUGACAUUAAAAUAUUAUUAAAGACAUAUUGCAGGUACAUUUGUCGAAUGUUAGAAUUUUUUUUUAUCUGAAAUAUUCAGAGGACAAGUUUUUUUUUUAACGUUUAAAUGUUAAUUAUACAUAAAUGAUUCUUGUUAGAUAUUGGUUCUGCAUAGACCAAAAGUGUUAAUUAACACAAUAUGUAAAUAUCUUAAUCAAAAGUUCCUUUUUUAGCUUUAUUCAGAAAUUCGGUUAUGUUUUAAUAAAAGUAAAAUCAUUUGAUAUAUUAAUUGAUUUUGUACCUGUAUGGUGUGUGUUAAAUUUGUAAGAGGAAUAUGUAUUUAUUUUUGACUAUAACAUUUCAUAACAAUUAUGUGUGUCUAUAAUUAUACAGGCAAUUAAAAUUAUAAUAAAACAA